CUCAAAACAGUCUGACCUUCUCUCCAAGAAGCCCAGCCAGUGAGACCGGUUGGAAUUGCUGCCAGAUCCCUAGCAGCCAUGAGUGGGACAACUGAGGAACACCAGGUCAAGGACUGCCUGGCUCAGCUGAAAUGCCACUUUACGUGGGAACUAGCAAUUGAAGUGCAUGAAAUACCUGAUUUAGAAAGCAGAGUCUUGGAACACAUUGAGAAUUCAGACACAAACAAAGUGCCAAUGUACAACCUGCAGGCCUACGUGGAACACCUCAAGGGCCACAACGACAAAGCUCUACAGAGCCUGUAAGAUGCUGAAGGCCUGAUCCAGAAAAGACACGCUGACCAGCCAGACACAAAAAGCCUGGUGACCUGGGGCAACUAUGCCUGGGUGUGUUACCACCUGGGCAAGUUGGCAGAUGCCAGGAUGUACCUGGACAAGGUAGAGAGCACUUGCAAGAAGCUGGCGAGUCCCUUCUGCUUUUAGAUGGCAUGCCCUGAGGUGGACUGUGAGGAAGGAUGGGCCUUGCUGAAGUGUGGAGGACAGAAUUACAAGCGGGCUGAGGCCUGCUUUGAAAAGGCCCUGAAAGCAGAGCCCGAAAACCCUGAAUUUAAUGCUGGGUAUGCUAUUGUCGCCUAUCGCCAAGAUUGUGACAGCAGUGUAGUCUCCCUAGAACCCCUGAGGAAGGCCUUGAGACUAAAUCCUGAAGAUGGAUAUCUCAAGGUUCUCCUUGCCCUGAAGCUUCAGGAAGGAAAGGAAGCUGAGGGAGAAAAGUACAUUGAAGAAGCCCUGAGCUGCAAGGCUUUCCAGGCCAAUGUCUUUCCAUAUGCAGCCAAGUUUUACAGAAAAAAAGGUUGUGUGGACGAGGCUCUUCGACUCUACACGCUGGCCUUGCAGGCAUCACCCAACUCUGCCUACCUGAAUCACCAGGUUGGACUUUGCCACAAGGCAAAGAUGUUCCGAAUGAAGGGGACAAGAACCAGGGAGGAGAGAGAAAUUAUUGACAAAUUGGCUCAAUUAGCUAUAGGUGAGUUUCAAACAACUAUAACCGACAGGCCCACAUUUGAGAUGGCUUAUAUUAAUCUGGCUGAAGUGUAUGCAAAUAUAGGUCAGUAUAGAGAAGCAGAAGAAAACUUUCAGAGAGUGUUCCGCAUGCAGAAUGUUGUAGAUCACCUCCAGCAAGAGCUGCAUUUCCGCUACGGUCGUUUCCAAGAAUGGCACAUGGAAUCUGAGGAAAAGGCCAUCACCCAUUAUUUAAAAGGUCUCGAAAUAGAAGGAAUGUCCUUUGCCCGGGAUAAACUGCUAAAUGCUCUGGAGAAAUUGGCUAACAGACGAGUUCAACAAAAAGUUUGCAUUGUGGAAAGUCUUGGCCUUCUUGAGCAGGUCCACAAAUUGAAAGGGGACGUGAGUGAGGCCCUGCUAUGACACGAGAAGGCUCUGAGGCUCACCAAAGAGCUGAAUCCUAUGCUUUGAAGGACAGCUCACCAGUGCCAGUGUCACAUGUUCCUUAUUGAAUAUAACAACAAUAGCUUGCAGUUCCUGCUUCCAAAAAUGUGCGAUGCAGUGAGCACAAAGCAGCUGAGCGCUGCACACCCUCUCCUGCC